AUGGCUUUCACCACAUUCCUACCCACCUUGAGUGCUCACCCAGUCUUGCUCUUGCUGACCAUAGUAGUGGUAAUACCAACUUUCAUACUCCUUCACGAUGUCCUGACAUGGCUCCGACUACCUCCAGGUCCUACGCCUCUACCAUUUCUAGGCAAUAAGUUCCAAAUCCCAUCUUCGAAGCCAUGGAUUCAGUUCGAGCAAUGGAGUCGCAUAUACGGACCAGUCUUCACGCUGUGGAUUGGUCGCAAGCCGACAUUGAUCAUCUCGGACCCGCAAAUCGCGGUCGAUCUCAUGGAGAAGAGAAGUAACAAGUACUCGUCCAGACCGAGGAUGGUCGUCAUGGGAGAAGUCUACAAUGGCAACAGCAGCGUCCUGACACAGCCAUACGGCAAGGCGUGGAGCACGAGGCGUAGACUUCUACAUCAGGCGCUCAAACCAGUAGCUCUGAGGCUGUAUAAGCCUACGCAAGAGGCGGAGGCUGUGCGCCUUUGCAAUGCUUUACUGCGGAACCCAGACCGGUGGGAGAAAGAGCUCGAGCGCUUCACGUCUAGCGUUGUAUUCUGCGUAGCGUAUGGACAUCGGAUUGAUAGCCUGCAAGCGAAAGUGAUCGCGGAUCGAUUCAAGUUCAUGCACUUUCAAGCAAGCCUGAAUGUGCCUGGCAAGUAUCUGGCUGAGAGCUUUCCGCUGCUUGCGAAGCUGCCGAACUGGAUUGCUACUUGGAAGAAAGAGGUCCAGGAGAUGGGGAACAAGGAAGGCGAAGCGAACAUGGCUUUGCUGAAUUUGGUCAAACAGGAUAUUGCAGUUGCGAAAGCCAGAGGCGAUACUGUUCCGGACAGCUUGAGUAAGUUUCUACUGGCGCUGCGCGAGAAAGAGGACAUCCCGCUUUCUGAACUACACUUCUCGUACGUUCCUGCUUCCCUGUUCGGAGCUGGAUCGGAUACGACAGCUUCAACUCUCUGCUCUGCAUUCUUAGCACUAGUCACGAAUCCGAGCGUGCUCAAGGCAGCACAGGCAGAAGUUGAUGCUGUAAUAGGCUCACAACGCACGCCGACCUUCGAGGACGAGGUCAAUCUUCCUUACAUGCGAGCCCUCUGCAAAGAAACUCUCCGCUGGCGGCCAGUCGCAGUCCUCGGAGGCACACCGCAUGCCAGCACGGAAGCAGACGUCUACGAAGGCUACCGCAUCCCAGCAGACACCACCAUCCUUGGGAACAACUGGGCUAUCAACCUCAACGAAGAAUACUAUCCCAACCCCCAUCACUUCGACCCCGUGCGCUUCCUCUCAGCAUAUCUCGGCUCGAAAAGGCAUCCCGCCCCGAGCGGUCAUUCAAGCUUCGGAUGGGGCAGAAGGAUAUGUCCGGGUGCAGAUUUGGCAAGCAGCAGUCUCUUCAUUGCUUUGGCGAAAUUGCUGUGGGCGUAUGACAUUUUGCCGAUUGCUGGCAGGCAGUAUGAUAUUUUCGACUAUACCGAGGGAUUCAAUGUGAGGCCGAAGAAAUUCGAGGUUGUGAUUAGGGUGAGGAGUGAGAGGCAUAGGGAUGUGCUUGAGAGGGAGCAAGUGCUGGCUGAAAAGUACUUGGAGAAGUUUACGGCUUUUGGGGAGUGA